GGCUUCACGCUGGUCAUGCGGUAAGUCACGUGAUCCCAGUUGCAGCUCCGGAAGUCAGAAUCAUCAUGGCCGACAGGAAGUCACAGAUCGUGGUGGAAGGAGAGGCGUCCGAGUCGGACUCUGAUCAGGAGAUCUUCAUGACGUCUGGACUCACGGUUCCGGGCGAAGCGUCAGAGACAGAAAGUGAGGGCGAGGAAGAAAAACCCGCCGCCUUCCAUCAUGACUUACCGCCUCUCACUGUCGAUCGUCAUGACAACGUGUCCAUGACUCAGCAGAGCCCGACCACACCCACACACGGCAGCCAUGUUAACUCACUGCUGCAGCAGAAACUGCAGGAGAGCAACGCGCGUCUGUGUGCUGACGUGAGCCAGAGCGUGAGACAGGUUUAUCACGGAGCCACGAGGGACAUUAAAGCAGCCACGGCACACCUGAGUCACUCUCAGGGCGUGAUCAUCGCCGCCUCACACGCCGUCCGUGUCGCCAUGGACGAUCUCCGGGCCGUGUGUGACAAGAUCGACAUCAUCACUAGCUGUCGGUUGCUGCCUGACAUCGCCAUGACGACGCCUGGAGCACCCACAGCGCAAUGCUCCUCUCUUCAUUAAACCGAAUCAUGGACAGUCUUCACUCCACACUAGUUCUGUGCCAGCCACCUUAAGGUUACGAGUUCAUGUGCCAGGACUGAUAGAGAGCCAGUGUGGCGAUGAGGUUUUGCGUUACAGAGCGGACCGGUAUGAAGCAUCCCAGGACUGGCAGAGAGCGGUCAGCCUGAAGGUUAUGGGUUUAAACCCCAUUCUAGACAGAGUCCCAGAAGCCUUGAAAUUGUGUUUGAGUCCCAGUCCUGUCAGAAAACCAGCAACCACAAAGUCUCAGCACAGAUUAAGAGAUAAAAGGUAUUAGGCCAUGAGUUCAAAUCCCAACACUGAUAGACAGCUGAUGACCCUGAGGUUGUGGUUUCGAAUCCCAGUGGCCAUAAGGUUGUGAGUUUGGAUUGGCAAUCCGCCAGAUGUUUGUGGGUUCGAACCUUGGCACUGAUAGAACCGUGUGUCAGAAACGUGUCCAUCGGCUUUCUGGCCAUCCUGGGAUUCAAACUCACAGAAUUCUGGUGACCAGAACAGAACAGAAUUUUGACCAGUAUGUAUUAAUGUUUGUGUUGUUUAUGGAAAUAAAAUAGUUUUGCUUUCCUUUAUUCUAGAAGAUGUGUGUAGGUGGAGAUUUCACAUUUAAAAAAUCACAGCUUUAUGAAUCAUCAUCAUGCAAUCAAGCGUGUGACUUAACACUCUAUCCCGUCUAACUGUCUGGUUGUGUGUGUAUGUGUGUGUGUGAGACACACCAUAACGCUAAUGUUACACUUCACAGCAUCUGUGAUGACGCCUGAAAGCUAAAUUGCAUGCUGAUUAAACAAGUGUGAAAACAGGAAGUGCUCAUGAUCACACACUGCAGUGUGUGUGUGUGUGUGUGUGUGUGUGUGUGUGUUAUAACUCUGAGGCUUUUAAGUAAAGACAAUACUAAUACAGAUGACCUACACAACAUCCUCCUGCUGCUUCCUAUUUCUAAUAGAAAUACAGUAAACACAGCUGCUCAGUGCACAAUGCAUGGAGAUGUUCAAGCCAAAGGAACAGGAAGGCCAUUAUAACACAUAUAGUGAAUGCUAGAAGUAUUGGCACCCUUUAUGAAAAAUGAGUGCAAAUAAAUCUUAUUGUAUAGUUCUGUAUAUUCUGGCUCAAAUGUGUAGGAUUGGAUGUCACUGUGUAAUAGCAACUGAAAAAAAGUCAGGGUUGGAUUGGGGGCGGAGCCAAAAUAUCCAGUUGGCACCUUUAACAACCAUGCUUGCCAAUGAAAUAUAAUCUUUGUAUUAUAAUGGAGAACUACAGGCUUCCUGCCAUAUAUCUACCCAGAACUGUUGUAGUUCUAUUUUCUAGUCUCUCUCUCUCUCUCUCUCUCUCUCUCUCUCU